AUGGAAACCUUUGCAAACAGUGUAAAAGACAUUCCAGGAUUUCUUUGUCCCCGUCUUAAGCUGAAUGAGGCACACAGUUCAGUGGCGGUGCUGCAGGGUGGUAUGGAGCCAAGCGAUCUGUCUCUCGCCUGUCACUCCCUCGCUCCUCCUGGGACGUCCCGAAGGAAAACUCUCCAUAGCAACCUCCAAAAAACCAUUACUAUUCAGCAUCUCCCAGAACGCUCUCUGCUCAGGCUCUGUCUUAUCAGGUUCCUUCGCAUAUUUACAGCGGAGAAAGAAGCCGGGCACCUGGGCAUCGUCUCCUGUAGAGUCUGGGUGCUCAGUAUUCAUGGGACAUCGCAGAGAGAAGACGGAGACUGCAGCUGCUUCAGGAAGAGACGGACACUCUGA